AUGUCUAAUCGCAACACUUUUAUCCUCGAAAAUGUCAGGAUUUUCACCGGAGACGAGUUCAUUGACAAUGGCUACGUCUACGUCAAGGACGGGACCAUCGAGGAGGUCAAGGCGGGCAGUUCUCCCGACAGGAUACAACUUCAUGCUCCAAUUCGCUCUUACUCUGGUUAUAGUGUGAUACCUGGUCUUAUUGACUCCCAUAUCCAUGCCUUGUCAGGUAACAUGGCCAGUAUCGAGCAGUCUUUACGGUUCGGUGUCACGACAGUGUGUGACAUGCAUAACAAUCCAGACGACAACGAGCGACUGAAGAAACUAGCUGCUGGUCCUGAAUAUAAGAGUCUCUAUGCCGACUUCAAAUGUGCAGGUCUCGGUGCCUUGAUUCCAGGCGGAUGGCCAAUCCCGGUCAUUAAGAAGAAAUUUUCACACUCGGGCAAGAGCGAUUCAGACCUGGCAGAAUAUACAGCCUCUUGGCCAAACCUAUCGGUGCCCGAAGAUGCGGUACCAUUCGUAGAACAGCAGGUGAAGCAGAACGGCGCAUCGUACAUCAAGAUGUUCCACGAGGUCGGCGACACCGUGGGCAUGAAUCUUCCGCUCCCGAGCCCCGAUCUUCAAAAGGCUGUCGUGGACGCUGCGCACCAGCUCGGCGUGGUUGCCGUCGGACACGCCCUGAGCUACCAGGGCACCAUGGUACUGCUACGGGCCGGCGUCGACGGCCUCACACACAUUUUCUGCGACGAGCCGCCCAGCGACGACUACAUUGCGCUAAUGAAGGAGACUGGGGCUCACUGCAAUCCGACGCUGGGACUCGUUGCCUCGCAGACGGAUGAGGGCCGGGAGCUCUUUGAGUGGUUCAUGGAGGAUCCUCUUUCCGAGCGGCUGCUCAUGAGCAGAGCAGCUUACCGACCGCAUGGACUGGCGUCGUCGCAGAAGCCCAAAUCGAGCAUUAAACAUGCCCGUGCCAAUACACGCGCGCUGUACAAGGCUGGAGUGCCAAUCCUGGCAGGGACUGAUGCCUCCGGGACUGGAGUCGGGCUGCCAUACGGCCUGGGCUUGCACAUGGAGCUGUACGCGUUGAUACAUCACGCGGGAUUGUCUGUCGCGGAUGCCCUCAGGUCGGCAACUAGUAUUCCUGCAGAUCGCUUCAAGUUUCAUGAUCGUGGAAGGAUUGAGAAGGGCAAAAAGGCGGAUUUGGUUUUGAUCAAGACGGAUGUUGCCGAGUUUCUCGAGGAUCGGCAGAAUCGAUUAAUGCCACUAGCAGCAGUCUUCCGGAAUGGCACCGUUGCUGCUCCUUACGAGCGGUUCUGGAACUGGGGCACUAGAACGUAA